AUGUCGUUGGCUCUCUCUUCUCCUAAAACCCUAUCCCCUUUCUCAUUUCUCUGCAACCCUAAACCAAACCCCCAAAACCAAAUCCCCAAAUUCGCAACCCUAAACCACAACCCGGACCCAAUCGAACACAAAUCGGAGCACCAAACCGAAAGGGGGCUCAAAUUCGACACCGGCGACACCUUCUUCCGGCACGAGAGCGCCACCGGCCGGGACCUCGGGGUCCUCGCGGCGACGCUGUACAAGAAAUCCAGAGGCAAACUGCGGGUGCUGGAUGCUCUCUGCGGCUGCGGCGUUCGGUCUCUGCGGUACCUGGUGGAGGCUGAAGCUGAUUUUGUGUUGGCGAAUGACGGAAAUGUAGAUAGCCGGGACGUGAUCACGGCGAACUUGUCUCAGGUGGAGGAGGAGGAGGAGAGGUGGAAGGUGACGCUUACGGAUGCGAAUCGGAUAAUGACCGAGUGUUAUAUGAAUAGGGAUUUCUAUGAUCUGAUUGACAUUGAUUCGUUUGGUAGCGACUCGUCGUUUCUCAGGUCGGCGAUCAAUGCGUUGAGGAUGGAUGGGUUGCUGUAUGUUACCUCCACCGAUGGUUUCUCAUCUGGUGGGCGCAGGCCGCAGCAAACUUUAGCUGCGUAUGGAGCGUAUGUUCGGCCUAUGCCGUAUUCGAAUGAGCUUGGUUUGAGGAUGCUUAUAGGAGGGGUGGUGCGGGUGGCUUCUGUGAUGGGGUACCGUGUUGUUCCACUGUUUUCAUACUAUUCGUAUCAUGGACCUGUUUUCAGAGUGAUGCUGCGUGUCAUUCGUGGGAAGCUCCCUGAUAGCAGGCAUUACGGUUUUAUUAGCUACUGCCGCGAUUGUGGAAAUUCUCAAGAGUUUUCAUGGGAAGAACUUGGUCGGAUAUGUUGCCCCUGCAGUGAUUCAAAGGUUUCUGUGUCACUAGUUGUAUCUGGUCCUCUCUGGACAGGGCCUCUUCAUGAUGCUGCUUACAUUACAGACAUGUUAACUCUAGCAAAGGAAUGGGGAUGGGCAAGCAGUGACACAGAAACUGAUCUUGACAAACUUUUGAAUACAAUGGUGGCUGAGAGUGACCCUAGAUUACCAUUUGGCUUCAUCAACUUGGACGAGGUAGCAAGCCGUGCAAAAGUAAAUUCACCGGCGCUCAAAGCCGUUGUGUCUGCUCUUCAAAAGGAAGGAUAUGCUGUGAGUAGGUCACAUAUCGAGUCCAAUGCGCUCAAGACAAACUGUCCAAUGUCAGAAUGCAUUAGAAUUGCCCAAGAACUACAGCAGUGACACUGACAAAUCUCAGGCAAAACGUGUGCUUGUGGAAUAACUAUUUGGAGCCUGAAGUUUCACAAAAUCUCCUUAAUAUGCCCAAGAUUCAGAAAUUUUUUGAUAGAAAUGAUUUCAUAGUUUUAUGACAGACCAAUUUUUGGCACUCUUAAAACCCCUCAAAUUAGGAAGUGAACAUCGAUUAUACAAUUGAGAAAUAGAGAUCUGGGGCAGCCCACUCUUUCUGUACGAGUGUUUUGUAGU